ACGUCCUGAAGCAUGCGCACUUGGGGUUAAUCCGCCAAGGGGCGGCGGAGCUUUCUGCUCUAGCCAUAUGAAUAGAUUGCCGAGAUGGAGGGUCCAAAUGUGCAAGGCUGCUGAGAUAGGCGACCUCGGUGUGAAGUGUUGCCUAUGGACCCGUCUUUAGACCACGACAUCCUGACAGCCACAUCCACCGCCGUCAUGAUGCCAGCAUUUCGCUUCAAGAACCUCUCCGCGCUGUUGGCCCUCUUCAUCUCUAACGGACUUGCGGUGGGAGCGCCCAUCCUGGAUGGCAGAGCGAAAACCACCGAAAGCCUCGCCCAGGGCAAGCUAGGAUGGUCGACUCCGGUCAAGGUCACAGUCCUGUACGACCAAGGCAGGACGGCUCUCAGCUAUUGCAAGGCCCACAGCUACCUCCCUACGUCGUGGUGGUACACCGUCGAUGACUAUGGCUCGGCCACGGUGAUGCCCGACCUGACCGACGCGCAAGGCAAAUUUGUCUUCUUCCAGGUGUGCAAGAGCAUGAAAGGAAAAAUUCAAUAAUUGCUCGGAUAGGGAAUUGUCUUUCCCCACCGUAGAUUCGUACCAGCUGAU